CACAGAUGUGGAAGGUGGUCGAGUUCACGGACAAAGGCGCUGCCGUAGUGCCAUCCAGCUGGCUCGAGGAGGCUGGGGAAAGCUGGAGGUGUUACUGGCCUGGCUCCUAUGACCACUGGCGGCUCCAAAAAUCCGUUUUAAACCACCUUCCACCAGGUCAAAACUGGGAUGUUUUUGAUGACAUGAGGGUCUUGGUAGGCUGUGCAACAUAUGGUAAGGCCAAAGACUAUUUAGAUAAGUGUUUGCAACCUGACUGUGCAACUACAGACAUCCAGUCAGAGGCUGAGAUUCCGGACAAGAGGAAAAGAAGGGCAAACCCACACUACAAGCAAGGUAGCAAUCUUGAAAGAGCGGGCUCAUCAGCUAGAGCCAGGAGUUGGAGCUUGCCACGAGAGGCUAUUGGAGGUGAGGACACUGAUGAGGAUGAGCCAACCCCUAGAAAAACGGCAAGGCCAACUAUUGACUUUGGGCCAGACAUCAAUAGUGAGUGGCUAUUUGGGUCAUCAACCACCCAAAGAGACUCACAUCAAGAAGGGCAUUUUACACAAGAUGCACGUCAGCCACACCAACAGCUGUUGCGUGGUAUGUUAAGGAGACACAAACAUUCAUAG